AUGUCCAACAACGAAAAGAUGGUUUUAUACGGUUUCGCUCCUUCUGUAUGGGCCAACGUACCUAGGGUAGCACUCACAGAACUUGGGUUCAAGGAAGGGGAAGAUUUUGAGACCAUUUCUAUUGAUCUGUCAAAGGGAGAAAACUUCAAUCCCGACUUCCUUAAGAUAAAUCCUUCAGCGACGGUCCCAGUUUUGAAACUCGGAGAUAAAGUAUAUACCGACACGGCCACUAUAGUACCUGCUUUAGUAGCAUUAUCUCCUCAUCCCCCACAAACUUCAGAAGGUGUCAGUACGAGUAUCAUCGAAGAGACCCACUUGAUGAGUCAUGAUCCUAAUGCCAUGUUACUCAUGGCUCGCGAUGAGGAUGAUUAUGCGGAAAAGAAGAAAGGGAUGGCUUUUGGAUUUGCGUCAGGUAGACAAGAGGGUUUGGACAAAUACGCCCCUUUAGCCCCUUCCGAAUUGAAAGAAUUCGUAGAAAACAAGCAAAAAUCCAACCAGGCCUUGCUUGAUUUCUAUCAAGGAACUCCCGAUGAACAAACCCGAAAGACGCAUUUCACCCAAGCGAAAGCAUUAUGGACCUCAGCUGGGAUCUUCAUCCGUGGCGUUCUGACCCAAGCUAUCAAAAAGACUCCAGGGGCGUUUGUAGGUGGUGAAACUCCAAGUCAAGAAGAUUACCAUAUAAUCGUUUGGCUCGCACGAGUAGUCACGGAUGCUUCUCUACCUCCUCAAAGUCCUUCGUCGAGCGUUAUACCCCGUUUACAGGAGUUGAUGGGUGGACAUGAAUUUGACCCUGUCAUCAAGGCCUAUUGGGACGCAUGGUUGGCAAGAGACAGUUUCGUCAAGAACAACGUGUUCUAA